CUCACAAAAGGCAGAGCUGGAAGGUGGAGCUUCUGAGCUUUUUUAUAAACUUGAUGCACACAAGUUCAGUCUUUGCUCUGUCUCAUAAGAAGUUUCACUUGCCCAGCAGGACUUCCAGCAGAAAAGUAAGCACUUAGAAACAUGGCUGGGAAACCAAAGCUUUACUACAUCAAUGGAAGAGGCCGGAUGGAAACCAUAAGGUGGCUGUUGGCUGCAGCUGGGGUCGAGUUUGAAGAACAGUUUAUUGAGUCAAACGAAGAUCUGGAAAAGUUAAGGAAGGAUGGAGUCCUGCUCUUUCAACAAGCGCCCAUGGUGGAAAUUGAUGGGAUGAAGAUGGUGCAGACGCGAGCUAUUCUCAACUACAUUGCAUCCAAAUACAAUCUCUAUGGGAAGGAUGUGAAGCAGAGAGCAUUGAUUGAUAUGUAUUGUGAAGGUACUAUGGAUCUGUAUGAACUGAUGCUGAUGCUUCCCAUCAGGCCAGCUGACACGAGGGAGAAGGAGUUUGCAAACAUUGUCGAAAAAGCCACCACCAGAUACUUCCCAGCCUUCGAAAAGGUCCUCAAAGAUCACAGGCAAAAUUUCCUGGUGGGAAAUCAGCUCAGCAAAGCAGAUAUUCAACUGCUUGAAGCCAUUUUAAUGGCAGAAGAGCUGAAGGCUGAUAUUCUCUCCCAAUUCCCUCUUUUAAAGGCUUUUAAAGUAAGAAUCAGCAGCAUCCCUACAGUUAAGAAAUUUCUGCAGCCCGGGAGUCCAAGAAAACCACCAAUGGAAGUUAAGGAUGUGCCAGGGAUCAUGAAGAUUUUCUACGGAUAAACUGAAACAAAGCAAAAUUAUUUCACCUCAGUUGUAGGUAGCUACAACUACACUGGGCACAAAUUGGGGUGUAAAUUCACAAAGCUACAGUGAGAACAACAAGAGUAAAAGAUGGUAAUAUUGUGUGGUGCUACCCUGAAAUGUAAUAAAACAUUCUACAGCUUUUA